ACUGACGGAUGAUCGCUAAAUAUAAAUCUUCGUAAUUGUUUUGCAGCCACGUUGUUUAUAUGCGAGUUUACCGUAACGAUCUAAACUCAGCUGCUGACUCAGCAAGUCAAAUUGUAUAAAUAAUUAAAAUAAUACUAAUACUACGGGUGUCGCUGCAGCGACAGUGGAAAGAUAGUGCUGUAGACAAUAUAGUGUCGCUGAAAUAAUAUUGAUCCCUUCUUUGCCUCACAUACAACAAUGGCAGAGAAAACAAGCUAUCUUUGUAGCUACAAGAAGUGCAAUAAAAAAGAGACUAUAACAAGAGGAGGUUGCAGAGUGGAAAUAAAGUCAUUUGAGCCAGCACAGACAGGAUUAAAAGACAAAGAUGCCUUGGUGAAGUGGGGGGAUGCUGGCGAUGCCAUACUGCAUGAAGAAUGCUGGCGAAGUCUGGUCGCCCAAAGCAAAGCUGCCGCGUCCCACGCCUCCGCACCAAACACCAUGACCCAAACUGAGGUUGCCAUGGUAACAGAGGCAAAGAAGACGGCAGAGUAUUUUGACUCUGAAGAGAAAGUGAAGUCUGAGGCGAAAAGAGUGGCUCACAUGCUGAGAGGGUCCAGCCAUUGUAUUGCGUUCACAGGAGCUGGUAUUUCCACGUCAGCUGGUAUUGGGGAUUUCCGUGGCAAAAGUGGGAAGUGGACAGAAAUGGACCGAGCUAAAGUCACAGGGAAAGGUGCUAAGAGCAAGGGUGGUUUCAGGUACUCAGACCUUCGCCCUACCUAUACCCAUGAGGCUCUGGUCAAGUUGAUGAAGAUGGGAAUAUUGAAAUAUGUGAUAAGUCAAAAUACUGAUGGAUUGCACAGGCUGUCUGGCAUUCCAAGAGAUGGAAUCUCGGAACUUCAUGGGAAUGCUUUCCAUGAAAAAUGUGAGGAUUGUGGCACCAGAUACGAGAGACCCUCUGCAUCUCGCCUGGCAGGCGGAGUUCCCAAGGCAUGUGAACACUGCAGAAUUAACCAUAGAACAGGGAGGAUGUGUGAGAGGAAGGGUUGCCAAGGUUACCUGAUGAACACAAUCAUCAACUUUGGAGACAACUUGGAAUCCCAUGUCCUCAGCAAAGCUGUAGAACAUGCUGAGAAGAAUGACCUAGUUCUGUGUCUGGGGACCACGCUGAUGGUUUCCCCAGCUAACAGUCUGGUGGAGAUGGGGAAGAAACCAGUGAGACUUGUGAUUUGUAACAGGCAGCCCACGCCUAUGGAUGCCUUGUGUUAUGAACCAGAUGUCGCCAACGGUAGUCAGGUCGGUUCCAGGGUGUUUGGAGACUGUGAUCACUUGAUGAGAGAGGUCAUGAGGUGCAUUCUACCCCAGGAUGCAUUGCAGGAAUGGGAAGAUGGGCGGGAGGAUCGGAUGGAAGAAUAUAACAAACAAAGAGAGUGCUGAGGCGAUGGAACAAAAAAAAAAAACUGUCAGCUUUUAAACUUGGGUUGUGGAGAACUGAGUAAUUUUUGUGAUUUUUACUACUAAAUACUUUUCUAUUAUCUGUGAUGAAGCUGAAUUAUACAUUCUGCUAAGUGCUUGACACCACACCAUGUAGUGCAGCAAUGCGUGUACUAGUACAUCGUUAUCAAAAUUCUUUAUAUUUUGCUUUACAGGUACAUUAUUUUUAUACUAUAUGUUAUGCCAAUUUGUUUGAAAUCAACUUGGUUUGAUUUCAGUUGAACACGUACAGCUACAUGUUCCUCGUUUUUGUAAACCUUUUGCAGAAAUCCACAAAUAUAUCUUUUAUCGAAUCUGAUUUU